CACGCAACAUACAAUACGUUGUGCUCCCGCGUGUGUGGUGUACCUUGUUAAUAAUUUAAUAGGUUCUUUAUAGUGUGUGCAAUGUUGCGUAAGUGCAUAACGUUAGCGAUUUUAGGGUGUGCGGUUGCGGCGCCUCAGUAUCAAAUUCACCAACAGCAGGAUGAGGGCAUUCCUCCACAUCUGUUGAGGCAAUACAUUGGCGGUCAACAACAAGCGCAACACAUACCGCGUCCUGCCCAGCAACCUGCACCAGCGCCGGCUCGACUCCCAUACAACGUACAAGCUGAGGAACAGUACCAACAAAGACCUCAAUACCAACCUCAGCCUCAACCUCAGCCGCAACAACAGUACAGGCCCCAACAGCAACGCGAACCUGAGGACUUUGACCAUAAUCCUUCUUAUCAGUUCGGUUUUGAUGUAAAUGACGAUCAAUACACCAACUACCAGAACCGCAAAGAACAGAGAGAUGGUGACGUCAUCAAGGGCUCUUACUCAGUUGUUGAUAGCGAUGGCUUCAUCAGGACCGUCACUUACACCGCUGACCCUAAAGAGGGGUUCAAGGCUGAGGUUUCCCGCCAACCCACCGACAUCGUGGUAAAAAUCCCAACUCCCAAACCACAACUUCAGGCUCAGGCACCACAGCAAAUCGCUCACCAGCCACAAAUUGCUCACCAACAACAACAACAACAACAGAGACAACAACAACCCCCUCAACAACAGUACUACCGUUACGAAUAAUAAAUUAAAAAAAAUCAAAUACCAC